GGCGCCUCAGCCCCGCCCUCCGCACCACCUCCCUUGCCUGCUGGCUCCACCUUUUCCAGGCUCAUCGAACUGCUCGACUCUCUACUGUUCCUCACUUUUUCCGGCUAUUGCUGGGAGGGGAGGGGUUCAGGCCAAGCAAGCCGAGCGACGAGGUUAGCUGAUGCAACCUGGCUGGACUCGCGUGACAGUUCCCGGCACGCGACGGCGACGGUAACCCAGGAAGGGCCUCUGGUGCCGGGCUAAGUGUGGGAAGCAGGGGUAGCAGAGCCAUGGGGGACGCUCCCAGCCCUGAAGAGAAACUGCAGCUUAUCACCCGGAACCUGCAGGAGGUUCUCGGGGAAGAGAAGCUGAAGGAGAUACUGAAGGAGCGGGAACUUAAAAUUUACUGGGGAACGGCAACCACUGGCAAACCACAUGUGGCUUACUUUGUGCCCAUGUCAAAGAUUGCAGACUUCUUGAAGGCAGGAUGUGAGGUAACAAUUCUGUUUGCGGACCUCCACGCAUACCUGGAUAACAUGAAAGCCCCAUGGGAACUUCUAGAACUCCGAGUUAGUUACUAUGAGAAUGUGAUCAAAGCAAUGCUGGAGAGCAUUGGUGUACCCUUGGAGAAGCUCAAGUUCAUCAAAGGCACUGAUUACCAGCUCAGCAAAGAGUACACACUAGAUGUGUAUAGACUCUCCUCCAUGGUCACACAGCACGAUUCCAAGAAGGCUGGAGCUGAGGUGGUAAAGCAGGUGGAGCACCCUUUGCUGAGUGGUCUCUUGUACCCCGGAUUGCAGGCUUUGGAUGAAGAAUAUUUAAAAGUAGAUGCUCAAUUUGGAGGCAUUGAUCAGAGAAAGAUUUUCACCUUUGCAGAGAAGUACCUCCCUGCACUUGGCUAUUCAAAACGGGUCCAUCUGAUGAAUCCUAUGGUUCCAGGAUUAACAGGCAGCAAAAUGAGCUCUUCAGAAGAGGAGUCCAAGAUUGAUCUCCUUGAUCGGAAAGAGGAUGUGAAGAAAAAAUUGAAGAAGGCCUUCUGUGAACCAGGAAAUGUGGAGAACAAUGGGCUUCUGUCCUUCAUCAAGCAUGUCCUCUUUCCCCUGAAGUCUGAGUUUGUGAUCCUUCGAGAUGAGAAAUGGGGCGGAAACAAAACCUACACAGUUUACAUGGACCUGGAAAAGGACUUUGCUGCUGAGGUUGUACAUCCUGGAGACCUGAAGAAUUCUGUUGAAGUUGCGCUGAACAAGUUGCUAGAUCCAAUCCGGGAAAAGUUUAAUACUCCUGCCCUGAAGAAACUGGCCAGCGCUGCCUACCCAGAUCCCUCAAAGCAGAAGUCAAUGGCCAAAGGCCCUGCCAAGAAUUCAGAACCAGAGGAGGUCAUCCCAUCCCGGCUGGAUAUCCGUGUGGGGAAAAUCAUCACUGUGGAGAAGCACCCAGAUGCAGACAGCCUGUAUGUGGAGAAGAUUGACGUGGGGGAAGCUGAACCACGGACUGUGGUGAGCGGCCUGGUACAGUUUGUGCCCAAGGAGGAGCUGCAGGACAGGCUGGUAGUGGUGCUGUGCAACCUGAAACCCCAGAAGAUGAGAGGAGUCGAGUCCCAAGGCAUGCUUCUGUGUGCUUCUAUAGAAGGGAUAAACCGCCAGGUUGAACCUCUGGACCCUCCGGCAGGCUCUGCUCCUGGUGAGCGAGUGUUUGUGAAGGGCUAUGAAAAGGGCCAACCAGAUGAGGAGCUCAAGCCCAAGAAGAAGGUCUUUGAGAAGUUGCAGACCUUUCUGAAUUCAAGGUUCCUGAGGAACAUGGGGGUCUUAGGACUUCGCAUCUCUGACAGAUCAUUUAAGUUCCUGUGUGAGGGACUUCAGACAUUUCUUCAUUUGAUCUUCAGUCUGUGAUAGGAGAUUUUACCUGGCAAGAUACCUGACAAGGCCACAUAAUGUCAUCAGAAAUUAUGAGGCCACAGCCGGGCACGGUGACUAACACCCGUAAUCCCAGCACUUUGGGAGGCCAAGGCAGGCAGAUCACCUGAAGUCAGGAGUUCAAGACCAGCCUGGCCAACAUGGUAAAAUCUUGUCUCUACUAAAAAUACAAAAAAAGCUGGGCAUGGUGGUGGGUGCCUGCAAUCAGGCAAGAGGCUGAGGCAGGAGAAUCGCUUGAACCUGGGUGGUGGAGGUUGCAGUGAGCCAAGAUUGCACCAUUGCACUCCAGCCUGGCAACUGUGCAAAAGUCCAUCUCAAAAAAGAAAGAAAUGAUGAGGCCAGGAUCAGAACCCUCCCAGGGUCUCUCCUGCCCACCUUGAGUUUAGAGCACUCAUUGUCUCCUUGCCUUCUGGACAGUGAAGAUCUGACCUGCCGCAGCCAUCCCUGAAUUUAUUCAUUCAUUCAUUUAACAAAUACCGAGUCCAUAAUGUAGGUGUCAGGCGCUGUUCUGGGUGCUUGGGCUACAUCAGUGAAUAAAGCAGCAGGAGUUGACUCUCCUUGUGGAACUAACAAUCAUGUGACUCUUUCUAGUUAAUACCGUAUUUCCUUAGUUAUAUGAGUGCUUCUGGAGGACAUUGAGAGUAGUUUCCACUCUCUAUCCUCCUGCAUGAGGCCAUUUGCUUUGCCCACUCCCUCCUUUCCUGGUUUUCUAGUCUCACUUUGUGAAUCUCUCUUUUUUUAUAUAAAAUAAAUUUUUAUAGUAAAAAAUGUCUAAAAUAUAGGAGAAAAAUGAAUAAAACAAAAUAUCCUAGUUCCGCCACCUAGAGAUACUAAAGAAUGUCAUUAGUGAUUAUUUCCUUCUGGUCUUUUGCUAUGCUAGGAGGGAUAAUCUGUUUAUUAAUUAGAAACAGUGUCUCACUCUGUCACCUGAGCUGGAUUACAGUGGUACCAUCAUAGCUCCCUGUAACCUCAAGCCUGUAAACCUCCUGGACUCAAGUGAUUCUCCCGCCUUGGCCUCACAAAGCACUGGAAUUAUAGGCAUGAGCUACUACUGUACCUGGCCAUGAUUUUUUUUUUUCCAAGACAAAGUCUUGCUCUGUCGCCCAGGCUAGAGUGCAUGUUGGCUAGGCUUGUCUCAAACUCCUGAUCUUAGAUGAUCCACCCACUUUGGCCUCUCAAAGUGCUGGGAAUGAUUUUUAAAUUUAUCUUUAUGCAUGAAAAGUUUCCCCAUCUUCUUGAAACGUUGAAGGGGGCUGCACUGUAUAGUAUUCUACCAUAAUUAUCAAAAUCUGAACUCUUACUAGACAUUAAGGUUAUUCUGAGCUUUUUUUACUAUUAGAAUGAUGUGACAGAUGUCUUGGUACAUAGGCCUUUACACUUAGGAUUAUAUUCUUAAACUUCCCUAAAAUGAACUUACUUGAGUCAAAAGAUAUGAACGUGAAAGCUUUUGACAAGCAUCUCUUAGAAAAGCUGAGCCAGCUUACCCUGCUGGUAUAUAAGAGUUUUCUUGUAGUCCCACCACCAUCAUUAAAAUCUCUUUUGUUAUCUUGUC